AUGCAGGCAGAGGGGUGUUCCAGGGAAGGCAGAUCAGCCAAUGAGAGAGAGGAGGAAGGAAUGCCGUGGGAGGACAGAGGGGGGGAGGGCAGGGAGAUCCGGUUUGACGUCGGGUUGGAGAUCAGGUUUGACCUCAGGUUGGAGAUCAGGUUUGACGUCAAGUUGGAGAUCAGGUUUGACGUCAGGUUGGAGAUCAGGUUUGACGUCGGGUUGGAGAUCAGGUUUGACGUCCGGUUGGAGAUCAGGUUUGACGUCAGGUCGGAGACCAGGUUUGACGUCCGGUUGGAGAUCAAGUUUGAUGUCCGGUUGGAGGUCAAGUUUGACGUCAGGUUGGAGAUCAGGUUUGACGUCGAGUUGGAGAUCAGGUUUGACGUUGGGUUGGAGAUCAGGUUUGACGUCAGGUUGGAGAUCAGGUUUGACGUCGGGUUGGAGAUCAGGUUUGACGUCAAGUUGGAGAUCAGGUUUGACGUUGGGUUGGAGAUCAGGUUUGACGUCAGGUUGGAGAUCAGGUUUGACGUUGGGUUGGAGAUCAGGUUUGACGUCAGGUUGGAGAUCAGGUUUGACGUCGGGUUGGAGAUCAGGUUUGACGUCCGGUUGGAGAUCAGGUUUGACGUCAGGUCGGAGACCAGGUUUGACGUCAGGUCGGAGAUCAGUUUUGACGUCAGGUUGGAGAUCAGGUUUGACGUCAGGUUGGAGAUCAGGUUUGACGUCGGGUUGGAGAUCAGGUUUGACGUCAAGUUCGAGAUCAGGUUUGACGUUAGGUUGGAGAUCAGGUUUGACGUCAGGUUGGAGAUCAGGUUUGACGUCGGGUUGGAGAUCAGGUUUGACGUCCGGUUGGAGAUCAGGUUUGACGUCGGGUUGGAGAUCAGGUUUGACGUCCGGUCGGAGACCAGGUUUGACGUCAGGUCGGAGAUCAGGUUUGACGUCAGGUUGGAGAUCAGGUUUGACGUCAGGUUGGAGAUCAGGUUUGACGUCCGGUUGGAGAUCAAGUUUGACGUCAGGUUGGAGAUCAGGUUUGACGUCGGGUUGGAGAUCAGGUUUGACGUUGGGUUGGAGAUCAGGUUUGACCUCAGGUUUGAGAUCAGGUUUGACGUCAAGUUCGAGAUCAGGUUUGACGUCGGGUUGGAGAUCAAGUUUGACGUCAGGUUGGAGAUCAGGUUUGACGUCAGGUUGGAGAUCAGGUUUGACCUCAGGUUGGAGAUCAGGUGUGACGUCAAGUUGGAGAUCAGGUUUGACGUCAGGUUGGAGAUCAGGUUUGACGUCAGGUUGGAGAUCAGGUUUGACGUCCGGUUGGAGGUCAAGUUUGACGUCAGGUUGGAGAUCAGGUUUGACGUCGGGUUGGAGAUCAGGUUUGACGUCAAGUUGGAGAUCAGGUUUGACGUUGGGUUGGAGAUCAGGCUUGACGUCAGGUUGGAGAUCAGGUUUGACGUUGGGUUGGAGAUCAGGUUUGACGUCAAGUUGGAGAUCAGGUUUGACGUCGGGUUGGAGAUCAGGUUAGAGAUCAGGUUUGACGUCGAGUUGGAGAUCAGGUUUGACGUUGGGUUGGAGAUCAGGUUUGACGUCAGGUUGGAGAUCAGGUUUGACGUCGGGUUGGAGAUCAGGUUUGACGUCAGGUUGGAGAUCAGGUUUGACGUCAGGUUGGAGAUCAGGUUUGACGUCGGGUUGGAGAUCAGGAUUGACGUCGGGUUGGAGAUCAGGUUUGACGUCGGCUUGGAUCAGGUUUGCGUCGGGUUGGAGAUCAGGUUUGACGUCCGGUUGGAGAUCAGGUUUGACGUCCGGUUGGAGAUCAGGUUUGACGUCCGGUUGGAGAUCAGGUUUGACGUCGGGUGGGAGAUCAGGUUUGACGUCCGGUCGGAGAUCAGGUUUGACGUCCGGUCGGAGAUCAGGUUUGACGUCAGGUUGGAGAUCAGGUUUGACGUCGGGUUGGAGAUCAGGUUUGACGUCAGGUUGGAGAUCAGGUUUGACGUCGGGUUGGAGAUCAGGUUUGACGUCAGGUUGGAGAUCAGGUUUGACGUCAGGUUGGAGAUCAGGUUUGACGUCAGGUUGGAGAUCAGGUUUGACGUCAGGUUGGAGAUCAGGUUUGACGUCAGGUUGGAGAUCAGGUUUGACGUAAGGUUGGAGAUCAGGUUUGACGAGGGCGUGCAGCGCCGUGAAGAUGCCCAGCAGGCAGAAGAGAGGGAGAGAGGGCAUGGAGGGCAGGGAGGGGCAUGGAGGGCAGGGAGGGCAGGGAGAGCACGCACUGCGGUUGUUGACAACGAGGGCGUGCAGCGCAGUGAAGAUGCCCAGCAGGCGUGGGUCGAACCGCCCGCCGAACCACGCCGACAGGGGGCUGCCGGGCGCCAUGCGGUACUCAAAGCGCUGCGCCACGCCCGCGUACUGCGGUGCCGCUGCCUGCUGCUGCAGCUCUGCUUCCACGCGCUCGAAUGUGCCCUGCAGGGGCGUCUGUGGGGCGUAUGGGCGCACAUUUUGUGGGGCUUCUUGUAUGUGAGUUUAUAA